GGAGCUGUAGCUGGACAAACACAUGAAUAGUUCAUAUCCAUUCUUCACUACAGGAAGUAUCAGAAUGAUACCACAGACUAAAACAUUUUUAGACACUAAUGAAUAUUCACAAACAUUGGGGAAAUCACAACAGAUAUUUAAAGGAGAUGGUGAAUUGUCAGGAACUGGGCAGCAAUCAUUAUGUACAGAGAGUAAUUUAGUCAUCAAACAAGAGGACAAGAAUUAUGCAUUAUCUAGUGAAAUUAUUAUCCCUGAGGAUAAGCCACAAACAUUUACUGAGUUUUCAAAAAAAAUUAAAGAAGAGGAAAGUCUACAGUCUAGCCAAAUGAUUCAUACAAAGGAGAGACCUUUCAAAUAUACAGAAUGCGAGAAAAACUUUAGAUAUAAGUCUCAUCUCCUAGAACAUCCUAAAAUUCACACAGGAGAGAAAUCACACACAUGUACUGAGUGCAACAAAUGUUUUAUACAAAUGACAAAACUUAUAGCUCAUGAAAGGACCCACACAGGGGAGAAAUCAUUUAGCUGUACAGAGUGUGGAAAAAGUUUUACACAAAUAAAUAAUCUGAAAACUCAUAAAAAGAAUCACACAGGAGAAAAGCUUUUCACAUGUACAGAGUGUGGAAAAAGUUUUACACAAAUGGAUCAUCUGAAAACUCUUGAAAGGAUUCACACAGGAGAAAAGCCUUUCACAUGUAAAGAGUGUGGAAAAAGUUUUACAAAAACGGAUCAUCUGAAAACUCAUGAAAGGAUUCACACAGGAGAAAAGCCUUUCACAUGUACACAGUGUGGAAAAAGUUUUACACAAAUGGAUCAUCUGAAAACUCAUGAAAGAAUUCACACAGGAGAAAAGCCUUUCACAUGUAAAGAGUGUGGAAAAAGUUUUACAGAACAUAGUAAUCUGAGAAAACAUGAAAAGAUUCACACAGGGCAAAAGCCUUUCACAUGUACAGAGUGUGGAAAAAGUUUUAUAGAAAAUAGUAGUCUGAGAAAACAUGAAAAGAUUCACACAGGAGAAAAGCCUUUCACAUGUACAGAGUGUGGAAAAAGUUUUACACGAAUGUAUCAUCUGAAAACUCAUGAAAGGAUUCACAUAGGAGAAAAGCCUUUCACAUGUACAGAGUGUGGAAAAAGUUUUACACGAAUGUAUCAUCUGAAAACUCAUGAAAGGAUUCACAUAGGAGAAAAGCCUUUCACAUGUACAGAGUGUGGAAAAAGUUUUAUAGAAAAUAGUAGUCUGAGAAAGCAUGAAAGGAGUCACACAGGGGAAAAGCCUUUCACUUGUACAGAGUGUGGAAAAAGUUUUAUAGAAAAUAGUAGUCUGAGAAAACAUGAAAGGCGUCACACAGGGGAAAAGCCUUUCACAUGUACAGAGUGUGGAAAAAGUUUUACACAAAUGGAUCAUCUGAAAACUCAUAAAAGGAUUCACACAGGAGAAAAGCCUUUCACAUGUACAGAGUGUGGAAAAAGUUUUACAAAAAUGGAUCAUCUGAAAACUCAUGAAAGGAUUCACACAGGAGAAAAGCCUUUCACAUGUACAGAGUGUGGAAAAAGUUUUAUAGAAAAUAGUAGUCUGAAAACUCAUGAAAGGAUUCACACAGGAGAAAAGCCUUUCACAUGUACAGAGUGUGGAAAAAGUUUUACACGAAUGUAUAAUCUGAAAACUCAUGAAAGGAUUCACACAGGAGAAAAGCCUUUCACAUGUAAAGAGUGUGGAAAAAGUUUUAUAGAAAAUAGUAAUCUGAGAAAACAUGAAAAGAUUCACACAGGGGAAAAGCCUUUAACAUGUACAGAGUGUGGAAAAAGUUUUACAGAACAUAGUAAUCUGAGAAAACAUGAAAAGAUUCACACAGGGGAAAAGCCUUUCACAUGUACAGAGUGUGGAAAAAGUUUUACAGAACAUAGUAAUCUGAGAAAACAUGAAAAGAUUCACACAGGGGAAAAGCCUUUCACAUGUACAGAGUGUGGAAAAAGUUUUACAGAACAUAGUAAUCUGAGAAAACAUGAAAAGAUUCACACACGGGAAAAGCCUUUCACAUGUACAGAGUGUAGAAAAAGUUUUACACAAAUGAUUCAUCUGAAAAAGCAUCAAAGGAUUCACAAGAGAAGAAACCUUUCACAUGUUUAGAAAGUGGAAAAAGUUUUUUUAUUGAAAUCAGGUAUCACAAAACACCAA